AUGGACCCCAACACGUUCUCGUCGUCUUUCGACGCGAUUGUGUCGCUGAGCAACACGGAGGGACCAAGACGCAACAUACUGGAACCAAAGUUUGCGGCAAGGGAACAGAUGCAGGCCGUGCAGGAGUCUGUACGGAAUGCGUACAAAGAGUCCCCUUCACAGACUGCGAUGAGUCAACUUUGCCGGUGUCAUGUGUUUAUUGGUCUGAAUAUGUUAGAGACCGAUGAAGAGGCGGAAGGAGUGCAGGAAAUUUGCAAGGCGUACACAUUGACCCUCUCCGGGGCGAAGCGGGAGUUGCUUGACAAUGUUGUGGACAUUGCGGCCUACCCACUGGAGGAAAUCCUUAGAAAUGAGGUUCCAUUUGUUACGGCUGAAAAAGAGUAUGCCUUUGUCACGGAAUUUAUGCGUGUACAUAAUGCGUUGGGGUUGUAUUUAUCGAACCGCAAUGUUGAGUUGCGUAUCAACGACGCGAAACAGGUUCUGCUUGUGGCAGAGAGGGCAUAUAAAGAGUGGAAGGGUUGGUUUCAGUCUCUUCCCGGGUCUUGCCUCAUGAAGGACGUUCCCGUGUUAGACAACGGCACACUUGACCGAGCAAGCAUCGCACCUGAUGCGCUAUCCAUGUACACGGCUCGAUUUGAAAUGGAUACGGCGUAUACGUCCACACUUUUUUUCCUGGCCCAGGUUUACACGGCAUGCCAGAUGACAGUGCUGGCCUCACGGUAUUGCCACCACACUUUAUACCAUCAGCUGCUAAAUAAAAUGGAGUUUUCCAAGAAGGACUGGGCAACAAACGCAUUGCAUCUCAGUGCAUUUUAUAGUAGUUAUUUUGACUACGGUAAGGCGCUACACUGCCUUCAGGCCGGGGAGUACAUUAUGCCGAAAGAAAACGCAAACGAGGAAACGCUUGGGAUUGUGGCGUGGGCCUUUGGAAAGUUUUAUUUGCAUCGGCUAAAUUACUACGCGAAUGUGGGGCAACAGUGUGCGCCGCGGGGCCAUUUACCAGACGGCUUUGAAGAAUGGUGGGUUGAUUAUCCUCUUGAUAUUCCGCCACCACAGCCUCUCCCGGCAAUUGAAACCUUUGAGGAGGCGCGUGAGUGCUUCAAGGAGGCCAACACUUGGUUCAACAAGGCUCUCGAGUACUACUUGUAUGAUGGCAGUUGCACAGAGCACAUUGAAAUUGUGAAGGAUAUUGCACAGCUGUACGCGGCACUCAUUCCUUUUGAGGCGAAUCGUAGCCGCGUCAUUGCUAUGCAUCAACGACGUGUGGCGCUGCUUGAGCCAUUUCCUGGUGACUUAAACUUUAACGCGUACCCCACACUUGUCCGUCAGUUGCUAUUUGACUUGGGGGCCAUGCAUGAGGAGCUACUGGAGGUCUACAUGGAGCAGAAGCAAAACCCCACGGAAGGGGAGAAGCCGUUGUCGGACAAGAAAUUAAACGCUGUCACGGAUAAGACACAAAGUUUCUACACCCGCUUCUGUGAUACAUGGAAAGACCCACAAAACGGUACAAUUUCGGAGACGCUUGACGCAGAUUCUAGGUUGCCUUUCUUCCGGGCAUUGAUGCGACUGGCACAUUUGCAGAUGAAACGGUUUUUUAGGAAUCCAAAAGACGAAUAUGACAACAUCUCUAUUUCUAUUGGGAUGUUUAAAAGGGCCCUCGCCUUUGCGGCCAGUAACCCCAUGAAGGAAGAGGCGGAAACGGAGGCAAGGUUGGCUCGCGAGAUGGUGGCUCUUCUACCCAUGAAGCAGAAGGACUUGUGGCGAGUAUACCACAAUGCAGUGGAAUAA